AUCCCGCCCACUCUGUCACGCGCAUGCGCAGUGCCGUUCUAAGACAAGGCGAGUGUCCGUUUCCCGAGCACAGCUUCAAUCUGGUGCAGAGGAUGAACUCAGGCAGUGGGACCCGGAGGAAACGGCAACAUCUCAGCAACGCGGCGGCGGCCGACUCUGAAACGCUGAUUGAGAUUCAGAGUAUUUUUACUAAAAUUAGAACGUAUGUGCCCAAUGGGGAGUGGUGCAUCCCUGAGCCCAAUGCUGCCCUCAGACACCCAGCAGAGCAGCACCCUCGGCUGCAGGCCCUGAAGGCGUCGCUGAACGCCGUGAAGAACCAGCUCAGUGACAAAAAUGUGCAGGUCUGGCACCAGCACACCAACUCCACCAAUCGAGCUGGGAAGGUGAUCGGAGCCGUGCGCUCCGCUGCCAAUGCCGAAAUCUGCACUCAGGCCUGGUGCAAGUUCUAUGAGAUCCUGGGAACCUUUAAUCUCCUUCCAGAGGAGGCUCUGCAGACUGGGGAGCUGAACACAGUCCACCUGUGUGAAGCUCCAGGCGCUUUUAUAUGCGCUUUGAACCACUUCAUCAAAACCAGCGAGUCCACGCGAUACUGUGACUGGACCUGGGCCGCCAACACCCUCAACCCGUACCACGAGGCCAACGGGGGGGGCACGGCGAUCGCGGACGAUCGCCUAAUUGCGAACACGCUGCCCUGGUGGUUCUUUGGCUCGGAUAACACGGGAAACCUCAUGAGACAGCAACACUUGGUGGAGCUGCAGGGUUUUGUUUCCAACAUGCGACGAGUCGACGUGGUGACGGCAGAUGGUAGCUUUGACUGUCAGGAGAACCCGGAUGAGCAGGAGGCGCUGGUGGCCUCGCUGCAUUACUGUGAGGUCACAGCUGCGCUGCUGCUCCUGAGCCCCGGCGGAUGCUUUGUGCUGAAAAUGUUCACGUUGUACGAGCACUCCUCCAUCUGCUUGCUCUACCUGCUCAACUGCUGCUUCCACUCCGUCAGCGUCUUCAAACCCGCCACCAGCAAAGCGGGCAACUCCGAGGUUUAUGUUGUGUGUUUGAAUUACGACAGGAAGGAAGCUGUGAGGCCCCUGCUUUCAAAACUGAUUCGAAAUUACGGGCCGCACAUGGCUGACAGGGAGGCGCUGUUCCCCACUGCGCUCAUCCCACAGUCGUUUCUGAAACAGCACGAGGACGUGUGCGUCCACUUCCACACGCUGCAGGUGGAGACGAUCACAGAGAACCUGCGGAUGUUUGAAGGGAUGGAUGCGGAGCAGAGGCAGCGUCUGGACCGUGUCAGGGACUGCGUGGCUCAUGAAUACCUGCAGCGCUUCCAGGUGAGCUUCCUUCCUCGGAGCCGGUGGAUUUCUCGCAACGCGGUGAGUCCGGCCUGCAGCAGCGUCUCCGCCGGUCGACCCCUGGGCCAGAAGAGGCAAAUGGGCUCCUUCAAUGAGCGCAAGCAGCUGCAGACCCUCGGCUGGAGGGAGCGCAUCGACAGGGGCUGCCAUGCCGCCUGGAUCCGCGCACACUGCCCCCAGGGCGGCGGGCCGGGCUGUGUGCUGGAGGGCCCCCGGUCCGAGUGUAGCGUGGAGUCGUGGUACGUUAUCGCCGGCGCGGCGCUGCCUGCGCUCAGGAACUCUCCGUUCUGUGAAGGAGGGCUGCUGAACCACUUGAACGAAGCUCUGACAGACACCGUCGUGGACUGGACCCGCGUCUCCCCCUGCGGCUCGUGCCACGUGGCUGGCGCAGCCUCCCUCUUGGCAGACGUGGCAGGUAUGUGGGCCUUCAACGGUGGCAGUGAUGGGAAUCGGAGGAAGAGGCAGUGCCUGGUGUUUGGCAGCCGCUCCGUGUGGGGGGCCUGUGAGAGCCAAUUAGAGGGUUUAGCCCUAACGUUUCGUGCGGAGCCUCCGCUCCCUCAAACGGGCUGCGUCACCCUGCACGACGGGGCGCCUCCGUACCAGCAGCAGCUCCUGGGCUGCGUCGUGUUCUCCCUGCAGACGCUGAGCUCUGGGGACGCCCUGCUGCUGCCCGUGCUUGCUGCGCUCACCCGCGUCACGGCAGCGGUCGUGCUCUGCCUGCAUGCGUGCUUCCGCCUGGUCUCGUUCCGGUGUCCGCCCCCGUCCGGCCCGGUCGGGGCCGUGCUGGUGUGCGCCGGCUUCUGCCCCGAAGCUGCAGCUCGUAUCCUCCCCUUCCUCUGCGAGGUGCAGAGCUGCAUGGGUCGGUUGCUGAGGCGGGAGGAUCCCUCCUCUGGGUGUGACCGACAGGUGCUGCAGUUCGUUCCCAUGGAGGGGCUGCUCACCGGAGGACUGACCGAGUUCCUGUGGACCAUGAACUCUGAAAUCAUCCAGCAGAAGCUGCAUCUGCUUAUGCAACCGUAGUGCUGGCGGUUUAGCGAGCUGGGACCCUGGGAUAUAUGCUAUCGUUGCAGGAGCGCUCUGAUUAUUUGACAGUCUGUUUCCUCAGCUUCUUGUUGAAGCAGCAGGCUGCUUUAAUCUACUCAAGUGCACGAGCCUGCAGCAUUAGUCACUGAAUCAAAUAAGCAUUAAAUCAGCACUUCGCUGAUUUAACAUCGCACUCCUAUAACAUUGUUGGACUCCGAAAGGACAGAAAGAAUUAACGUAUCCGCAGCGAAACCCCAAAUUUUAUAUGGCACCUACAUUACCCAGAAUUCAAGCUGCCAAGUCCUCAUUAAAAAUUGGAACGCCCCCGAAAGUCAGUAUGUAAAGAACCUCCCCAACGCUGGCGUCAUAAUUCAACAUGGACGCUCAUAAACAAAUGGAUGCCUGUGAGUCUGAAGCAGAGCUCUGAUGCCCCACGUCACAACCACAACAUGUAAUACAACUUUUAACGUAAUAGUAAUAGUUUAAGGAUCCUUUAGUUGUGUGCCGACACAUAGAUAGGUUCAUGAUGACCCAGUCCGCAAGACAGGUUUGUUACAUGUGGGUGGUUUUUGAGGCCUCACCCAUUGGUUUCCUAGUUGAUUGUGGGCGAUUGUAACGCUUAUACAUAUAACAGGUAUAUAACUUUACCAGGAUACAGCUGCUAAUGCACACGUCCAGCCUGUGAUGAGGCUUACAUUUCCCAGUUAUGUCCUAACAGGAUUUAGGUUUAAAAUGCUUAGUUAUGGUUUUGGUUCCAAUAAAAUCCUACACUUUUGGCCACUUGCGCAGCCACUGCCAACCUGCAGGCCACACCGGCACCGUUUGAUGAUGCAACGCGUGAAAAUGGUAAUUACUCCAGUAUUUGAUCAGUGGAGCUCAACCGUGCCUAAAUUCAUUGAGGUUGAAUAAACAGCGUGCAGCCCUGGAGCCCACCCCGAAGUGCCUGUUGUCUUUAAAAACAACACACAGUGUUAUUUCAGGAGGACGUUGAUCUUCUUAUCUUUUCCCAUCAUGCAACUUUCAGCACAAUUUUAUUGGUUCACUGAAAAUACUAAAAAAAUACAUCCCAUCUUCAUGGGAAGAUGGACAGAUAAGGAUGGUCAGAUAAUAUUUUAUGUUCAAGUACAGAGAAAAACAUAAUGUAUGUUUUCUUUUUUUAAAUUUUUUUAAAUAUUGGUGUUAAAUGAGUUUAUUUUUUUACAAAACAAUAAAAAAGGUGCCAAAGGA